UGGGAUACGUAUCUUCCGUUGAUAGAGUUCACGUAUAAUAACAGCUACCAUUCUAGUAUCGGAAUGGCACCGUUCGAAGCUUUGUAUGGUCAUAGGUGUAGGACUUCGUUAUGUUGGUAUGAAUCUGGAGAGAAUGUAGUACUUGGACCUGAGGUUGUUCGAGAGACUACUGAGAAGGUGAAGUUGAUUCGAAAGAAGAUGAAAACUUCACAAAGUAGACAGAAAAGUUAUCAUGACAAACGUAGAAAGGACUUGGAAUUUGAAGCUGGUGAUCAUGUAUUUUUUAGAGUCACGCCUGUGACUGGUGUUGGAAGGGCUUUGAAGUCUAAGAAGCUCACUCCUCGUUUCAUUGGUCCGUAUCAGAUAUCAGACAGAGUUGGAAAGGUUGCAUACCGGGUGGCGUUACCGCUAAAUUUGUCGAAAUGA